CACGCCUCCUUAGCCACAGCUUAAGUUGAUCAUUCACUCAAGUCCUGGGUUUUGACUGCCAGCAGACACUUUUAAAUGAAGCCAAGCAGAUCGACGCUGAGAGAGAAAAAGAUCUGAUGCACAGAUUCUCCACGUCCAGCAGGAAACUAAACGCCACCUGUGGCACGAGUGUGAUGUGUUUAGUGUGUACACCUGAUCUCAGCAGCCGUGUGAUACUGUCCUUCACGCCGUUGAUUCUCAGCGGCCUGUAACCUGCAGAUCCUGUUUAACAGAGCCGCCUCUAUCCCCAGCAGAACACACGCAACAUAGCAGUCAAGUCAUCAAACCUGAACCAUUUGCCUUUCAAACACACACACACACACACACACACACACACACAGGUCAGAACGUUCUCAGUGAGCAGCUCUCACUCCGGAAUGGGACGGAGAGAUGGCACACUACAUGCAGUCACCGACAGGGUCACAGAGUGACGUGAAUCUGGGAGCAUCUGCGAAUCCUCAUGCCAAACCCACAGACUUCGACUUUCUCGCUGUGAUCGGAAAGGGAACGUUUGGCAAAGUGCUUCUGGCUAAACUGAAAUCCGAUGGGAAGUUUUAUGCCGUGAAGGUUCUGCAGAAAAAAGUCAUUUUAAAGAAAAAAGAGCAAAAGAAUAUAAUGGCAGAAAGAAACGUUCUGCUGAAGAGCCUGAAACACCCCUUCCUGGUCGGCCUUCAUUACUCGUUUCAGACCUCGGAGAAGCUUUAUUUCGUCCUCGACUACGUUAACGGCGGAGAGCUGUUCUUCCACCUUCAGAGAGAACGCUGUUUUUCAGAACCACGUGCACGUUUCUACGCUGCGGAAGUAGCGAGCGCCAUCGGAUACCUGCAUUCCCUCAACAUCAUUUACAGGGACCUGAAACCAGAAAACAUCCUGCUGGACGCACAGGGUCAUGUGGUGCUGACUGAUUUUGGUCUCUGUAAAGAAGGUCUAGAACCAGAAGCCACCACAACUACGUUUUGUGGAACCCCAGAGUAUCUUGCUCCAGAGGUUCUUCGGAAGGAGCCUUACGACCGCACGGUGGACUGGUGGUGCCUCGGUGCCGUGCUGUUCGAGAUGCUCUUCAGCCUUCCCCCGUUCUACCGCCGUGAUGUAGCGGAGAUGUACGACGCCAUCUUGCACAAGCCCCUGCAGAUACCUCCUGGGAAAUCAGACGCGGUGUGCCACCUGCUGGAUGGACUUCUGCAAAAAGAUCAGCGCCGGCGGUUAGGGGUCAUCGCUGACUUUCUGGAGAUUAAAAAUCACAUUUUCUUCAGCCCUAUAAAUUGGGAUGAUCUUUACCACAAACGUCUCCUUCCUCCGUACAACCCGAACGUGAGAGGCCCAGCUGACCUCCAGAACAUCGAUCCAGAGUUCACCAGGGAGAUGGUGCCCAACUCUGUGGGCCGAACUCCAGAGCUGGGCGCCAGUCUGGCCACCAGCAGCUCCAACGCCUUUAGUGGUUUCUCCUAUGUCUCCAGUGAGAACAGCUUCCUCUGAGGGAUGUCCAGACUCAAGAUUUUAUCUCCUUCUGUUCUGCUGAGCAGAUGGAAAAUUCCACUCGGAAAACACAGCGACUCGUUCUUCUACCAUCAGAUGAGCCCAAUGACCUGGAAGAAACGUUUUCGUUCUUCUCCUUGCACUGACUGCAGUUUCUUCACUGCUUUUGGUUGAAACUCAGAGCACACAUUUAAAAACACCUGCACUGAACACCGAAAUGUUUCCGAUGUUUCAGAAAUGUUCUACGUUAAGAAGUCGAGUAGAUCUUUUAUCGUGUAAGUGUUUUAGAUACGUCCUAAUGUUCCUGCUUGAAGCUUACACACUGUGAAACCCUCCAGCACUGAGAACUUCGUGCUCGCAGGAGAAACACGCCACAUUAUUAUACUGUAAUCAGGGAAAUAUUAAUCUGGUAUUGGUUUUGUUGAUGUUUUAUGAUUGGUGAAGAUCAUUUCUAGAAGGUUGUACUGAUGAUGAUGUAGCAGUAUUAAACCGUGCCGUUGGUAAACAAACA